AUGGCCGACGCAGAGGAGGACUUCAGUUCCCUGCCGCUCCCUGAUCGGUUUACUCACAAAGUCUGGAAAGUCCGCAAAGCUGCCUACGAGGACGCUGCCAAACAGUUCUCUGCUUCCCCCAGUGAAGACGACCCCUGCUUUCGACCGUUCAUAAACGACCCGAGCUUGUGGAAAGGGGCCGUAUUAGACUCCAAUGUCGCGGCUCAACAAGAAGGUGUCACGGCGCUCAGCGCAUUCCUCAAAUAUGGCGGAAGGGACUGUUGCACCCGAACACGCGGUCACGCGAUUACACCUAUCGUUGAGAAGUGCUUGUCGUCCACCAGAGCUGCGACAAAACAGAAUGCCAUCGAGGCCCUGCUUUUAUACAUAGAAAUGGAUACCGCGGGACCAGUUAUUGAAGAGAUGCUGCCCGGCUUGUCGAACAAAGUCCCCAAGAACGUGGCUGCUACACUCAACGCCCUCACCCAGGUCUUUCACAACUUCGGCUGCAAGAUCGUGGACCCGAAGCCAGUAUUAAAGUGCCUGCCUAAGGUAUUCGGUGCCGCUGACAAGAAUAUUCGUGCCGAGGCGACGAAUCUUACCGUGGAGCUUUACCGAUGGCUUCGCGAGGCCAUGAAACCCAUGUUUUGGGGCGAACUCAAGAGUACCCAGCAAACCGACUUGGAAGCGCAAUUCGAGAAAAUUAAAGCCGAGCCCCCGCCAAAGCAGGAAAGGCUCCUGCGUUCCCAGCAAGCAGCCCGAGAGGCUGCUCCAGCUGGCGGUGAUGAAGAAGAAGAAGUCGACGAUGAACCUGAAGAAGCCGGCGCGAUGGACGCAUUCGAUCUGGCGGAACCGCAAGAUGUGCUAUCAAAGGUGCCCUCCAAUUUCAGCGAGCAGCUUGCCUCGUCGAAAUGGAAGGACCGCAAAGAGGCCGUCGAAGGACUGUACAAAGUCUUGGACGUACCUAGGAUCAAGGACGGUGAUUUCGGAGAGAUCAAUCGUGGGCUCGCCAAGUGCAUGAAAGACGCAAACGUUGCCGUUGUCACGCAAGCUGCCCAAUGCAUUGAAUUGCUGGCCAAGGGGUUACGCACCAAUUACGCCAAAUACAGAGCAACUGUCAUGCAGCCCAUCAUGGACCGUCUGAAGGAGAAAAAGGCUACAGUCGCUGACGCACUCGGAGGAGCUUUGGAUGCUGUAUUUAUGGCGACAAGUUUGUCAGACUGUCUUGAGGAUGUUGUCGCUUACCUGGGAAACAAGAACCCUCAGGUCAAGGAGGGUACCAUGAAGUUUCUCAUCCGCUGUCUCCGAACUACUAGGGACGUUCCCGGGAAGCAAGAAAUCACGACUAUCUGCGAAUCUGGCAAGAAACUGCUGGCAGAAUCCAGCCCGGCACUACGUGAUGGUGGUGCUGAGAUCCUGGGCACCGUGAUGAAGAUAAUCGGUGAGCGAGCCAUGACGCCGUACCUCGACGGUCUUGACGACAUCCGCAAGACCAAAGUGAAGGAAUUCUUCGAAGCAGCCGAGGUGAAAGCAAAGGACAAACCUAAGCCCAAACCACCUGCUCCCAAGGCAGCUGCUCCAGUGGCUAAGAAAGUGCUGGGCGGAAAGAAACCCGUCGCUAGAAAGCCUGCGGCACCGGCACCAGCCACGGCUUCGUCAGCUGAGCCUGCGCCAGCUGCGCCGAAAGCAGCCGCUGGCAAGGUAGGCAUGCCCAAGCCCUCGGGUCUUGGUGGUCUUAAAGCUCCUCAGAAGCGUGCAUUGGGCGCACCUGCGUCACCAAGGCGUGCACCAGGCGGACCGCCUGUCAUGCCUGGCGAAGACGAUGCCCCUCCCCCACAGCCGAAAGCUGGCCUCACUCGUGGCCUGGCAGGUCGGUCCCUUGCCAAACCUGCGUCGGCUGCUCCUCAAAUGCCCCCAGACUCACCUCCACCACAAAGUGGGUUGACAGCUGUGGAGCGAGCAGAGCUGGACGAAUUGCGUGCCGCAAAUGAGCGGCUCACUCGACAGGUGGAUGACAUGAGACAAGAGAGAAGCAAGUUCAUGACGGAGAUCCAGGAGCUCAAAAAUCAGAACGCAGGUCUCAUUGAGGACCACACUCGCGACGUCCUGAGUAUCAAGGCGAAGGAAACACAGCUUGUGAGGGCACGCAGCGAUGCUGAAGCCACUGAGCAGGUGAACGAACGCCUUCGACGGGAGCUCGAACGCUUAAAGAGAGCCUUGAGUCGUGCCGAAGGCCUCGGUGUGCCGUCAGGUGGCUCAGGAAGCCCCAGGCUCACAUCACCAACCCUGGACGAGGCUGGGAUCUAUCGUGACUCUGGCGCAGCGUCCUCGAACAGGCAUCGGAUGAGCUUCACCAGCACGCAGUCUGAGGAAAAGGAGAACGGCGAGCUAUUACAUGCUAGGACCAAGGCCCUUAGCCCUGAGCUGAGAUAUGCAGGCAGUGGAGCGUCGUCCGGCCGAGGUUCUCCUGCUAGGGGGUUCAGGAGCGCUCAGUCGAACCUCGACGACCACAGCGAAUCUGGCUCAGCAAUGUCCCGAGAGAGGCCCGUUUCAUCUUUACCGCAGCCCUCCGGAAAUGGCCAGGAGAGUUGGAAGCGCGCUGCUGAAGUGACCAGCGAAGCAGGGCUAUUCACGCCCUUGAAUAGGAGUACGCAGAGAGCAGGCACUUAA